AUGAUAAACACAUUAUGGAAAUCGCCUGCCGAGCUCGACCAUCAACUUCCUGGUCGUCGUGAGAGCCAGGAUUCUGUCAUGAGCAGACUUGGUGGCAAGAAUGUCUUUGUCUUCUGCUCCUCUCGCAUAUGGCGUGGAGCACCCAAGCUCUUAUUCCUGAUUGGUGUCAUCUUUUUCACCAGUUUCCUUAUUCUUGGUAUUCUUCCUGAUAGGCUAUCUGGAGGACGACUUGGAAGUGGCUACCGUGGGAUAUUUCCAUGGGGGAAGUAUGAGCCACAGCCUGACCGAAACAUGAGGAUUGUUGUGUUCGGCUCGCCUGAUGUUGUGGGCAACGUGAAUGGUUCCCCCUCAGGGCGCAAAGCGUGGACAGAAGAGUUAUGUGAUGAGCUCGAAUGCACUUUUUAUCUAUCAUUCGUACCGGAGACUCAGCUAAAUAGGGGUCUCAUCAGCAACCGUCUCUACGACGAAACAGUCCGGGAUCUCCUCAACACCACAAAAUUCACAAACGUCAAGGAAAAGCCAGCGUUUGACUUCAACUAUAUCGACUCCCAGUAUCCAACCCCCUCCGAGGUUCCCGACCUUGCUACUCAAGUAAAGAGCUUCCUCGAAAUGCCGCCGCCCGAGAAGACGCCACGCGAAACCCUCUGGGUCUUCAGUUUUGGAACCUGGGAAGUCUGGAAUAUGGCGGCAAUGCCGAGAAAAGAAUCCGAAGAUGCCAUUACGACCAUGGUCAGGCAAAUUCUUGACCAGGCCGAAGUCCUCUAUGAGAGAUCACUCGAUCCCACUUCUAUCGCUUAUUCUGACUUUUGGACAAACGCAACCGAGGCUCAGAUUAGUGAACUGACAGCACCCGGCGCCUUGGACAAAGUCGAUAGACGAAGAUUCGAGAGCUUCCGCAUUCUAGUGCCUAUGAUAUUUGAUCUUUCUCUCACACCCGGAUGGCAAGGCCGACAGAAGCCACCGGCGCCUAACACUGUGGUGGAGCAGACUCGCAACGCAGCAGAACUUACCAAGUAUUGGAACCAAGAGGUGGACUUUGCACUUGCCGAGUGGAAAGAAAGGACAACAAAGAAGCCCAAAAGGCCUACAACAGAUGCUGAGGCAUCGGAGAUGAACAAGAGAACUGAGAGCGUCGAGUCUACUAAACAUGGUGAGGAUGCGAAAGAGCCAGCGAAAAUGACAUCCGAAAACGAACGGGUUAUCCAGGCCCCAUAUCCUAUGCGUAACGGUUUGAUGGUAGAUGUCGGACAGGCAGUUCUUGAUGCCAUGACCGAGGGCGAAAUGGAGCGCGCGGCAGUUGUGGACUUGAGGGGACGGGGAACAUUAUCUGGCAACGACUCGAUGCGGUUCUCUGAUGUUUGGACACCGUGUGUCAGAGGUGACAUGACAGAUCUCACCAUCGAUGAGAAACAGAUCACGCCAGAAUGCGAGAUAGAACAUGAUCAUCUGUUCUAUGAUUCUUUUACGAUCAGCGAGAGGGCCAUGAAGGGCGUGAUCAAGGCCAUUCUGGAGGAUGUCAAGGAAGAGCUUUUUAAACCAGAAGAAAAGCGAGGGUGGCUGUACGGAAGUUGGUAG